UGAUCCCCUGGUUGUCCAUUCCCACCCUUGGCGUCUUGAGAAGUGAUCCGGUAUUGUGUGUAUUUAAGUGACGGCAUUUAGGACCUGACGUUACUGAUUACUCGGAUCCAAAAUCCCACUACUUUAUAUACGUGACACAUGCUAUAUAUAGUUAUCUGCACAAGCUCAGUUCAGAGGAGCUUUUGACUUUGCAGGGUAGCUGCUUUCGUUUGUGCUGAAUCUGAAGAAAUAGGGAUGGUAAAAAUUCAAUUCUCUGUUGUUUGGUAGCUAGGACUGAGAAUUGACCCAUUAUAUGAGAUUUGGUCAUCAUUAAUCUUGAAACCAGCCCACUACCAGACCCCAGCAGACAGUGUUUUCGUCAACUCAAAGCUGCUGCACUUCAUCACUCUACUAAUAACUGUGUCAUCAUGGAUAUGGCAAAUGGUGUUGUGUGGUUCACCAUAGCUGUUGUUUUCAUCACUGUGGUUAUCAGCAAGGCAACAAAACGAGGAAUUAUGUUUGAUCCAAAAUGUAAUCGUCCACAUCCACCAACAGUGAAGGGUGUUUCUUUUCUUCGAGUUUUACAUACACUUCUUUCAAAGGGUCUGCAAGCAAUGAUCCACGAUCAAUAUACAAAGUUGGGGACUGUGUUCACAAUAAGUUUCUUUCAAUUCAAGGUAACAUUCUUGAUUGGACCCGAGGUCUCUGCUCAUUUUUACCAAGGCUUGGAUUCAGAGAUUAGCCAUGGUAAUAUGAUUGAAUUCACCGUGCCCAUGCUUGGCAAAGAGGUUGGCUAUGGCGUGGACACUGCCACCCGGAAUGAGCAGUCUCGUUUCUCCUAUGAUGCACUAAAACCAUCAAAGUUGAGAAGCCAUGCUGGUCCCAUGAUUCAAGAAGUGGGGGAAUACUUUGCAAAGUGGGGACAGCAAGGCAUGGUUGAUCUGAAACAAGAGCUUGACAAGUUACUCAUGCUAAUCUCGGGCCGAUGCUUACUGGGGAAGGAGGUCAGGGAAAAGAUGUUUGAUGAGUUCUUUACUCUGUUCCAUGAACUCAGUGACAACGGCAUGUGCCUAACCAGUGUAUUAUUUCCAUAUGCUCCAACUCCAUCAAACCGACGACGUGACAAAGCACGGGCCAAGCUCUCAGAGAUGUUGACUGAAAUUGUGAGAUCGCGCAAGAAAUACGAUAAUGUUGAGAGUGAUGUGCUGCAGAACUUGAUAGACUCCAAAUAUGCAGAUGGCCGAUCUACAACGGAAGCUGAGGUCAUUGGACUGAUCAUCACCUUGCUCUUUUUAGGAAAGCACACAAGCACCAUCACUAGUGUAUGGACAGGUGCUCACCUUCUUGCUAGUACAAGGAGCUUGGCAUCUGUCCUCGAAGAACAAAAGAAAAUAGUUAGAAAAUAUGGGGAUGAUCUAGACUAUAAUGCCUUCCUAGAGAUGGACACCUUGCACCGUUGCAUCAAGGAGACGCUACGAAUACAUCCUCCAGUACCAAUGUUUCGUCGUAAAGUACACAAGAACUUCACUGUGCAGACAAAAGAUGGCAAUGAGUAUGAGAUUCAUAGAGGCCAUACACUAAUAAGUCCGGUGCAAUUCAAUGGCAACUUACCUCACAUUUAUAAGGACCCGGAUGUGUACGACCCAGACAGGUUUGGUCCAGGAAGAGAAGAAGACAGAGUUGGUGGUAAGUUUUCCUACACAUCGUUUAGUGCUGGAAGGCAUGCUUGCCUAGGCGAGUCUUACGCUUAUUUGCAAAUUAAGGUGAUAUGGAGCUAUUUGCUAAGAAACUUCGAGCUAAAACUGGAAUCUCCUUUUCCUAAGCCUGAUUGGACCAAGCUAGUGCCGGAGCCUAAAGGAAGAGUAAUGGUGAGUUACAAGAAGCGGGUACUACCUACCAUCUAGAUGGCAAACUGUUGUCUAGCCAUUUAUGCAAACCCAUAAGGACAUAAUCAUGUAUGCUUGUGUGUAUAAUAUGCACAUGCAUGUAUAUAUCAUGUUUAUAAUAGGCACUAGUGUUGUAUGGAGUAAUGGUGCCAUUAGUCACAUAUGGGAUCGAGCUUAAAACAGAAAUUGUAUCGUCAGUCUCGUCGUCGCUGUCGUCGAGGAUAUGCAGUUCUGUUUCUCCGUCAGUCACGCGGCCUCACGCCUCGCCAUACACAUCCUUCCCGGUUCUGUUUGGCCGUCGCCGUUCACGUACUGUUGGCACUAGUUGCCAUCGCCUCGUCGGCCGUCGGCCCAUCCUCUAUAUUUAUCGUGGAUCCGCUGGCAGUUAUAGCAGUAGUUGAGCGUGCCUUUUCUGGAUCGGACUCACGGGUGAAGAUACAUGUUAGUUAAUUAGAGGGUGUUAAUAUAGCCUCUAAAAAUUGUAAAAACAAUAUUUAGGUCGAAAAUUUUACCAUAUAUGUACCUCUAGGAAGAUGUCUAUGUGCGAACACAAGGUCAAGAAGUACCCUUGUAUUUUGUUUUAUGAUGAAUGAUUGUCAACGUGAUCCGAAUAGGUUGAGUUGGUGACUAACAUUACUAUGACGAAAGCUAUGUGUACGACAUGUCUCUUGGCUUGUGGUGUGCAGGUGUGGAGCUCGGAGGCGGUGGUCGAUGGCGAGAAGAAGAUCAAGUAGAGAUGUGUCGUGCCGAUGGAUGUGGAGUGGUGAAGGACGGACGUGAGGCUUGGACUGACGGACCAGGAGGCCGGGUGACCGGCCGCAGUGGCUGACAUCUGGGACAUCGACAAGUACAAGUGUACAUGGGAGUGACCAUGUUGACUAAGUCAAGAUGGCGGACGCGAGUCGAGUGAGGCUUAGGAGAACUUGGCAGGCCGACCGGAAGAGGACGGCGGUGACACGUGUCGAGUGGCGGGAAAGCAUAUGGAGUACGCUACUCGCGGCGGGUUUCGCAGGUUUGGGCCUCAAAAUCCGGGCGGAGGUUCCGAGGAACGGACAGUACGUGGCAGCAUCGAGGAGUUAGCGUCGAGGCUAAGCUACCUCAUAAAGGGCGCGGUGGCCGUCGGAUCUAUAUUAAGUCGAGUUGGACUAGAAUGUCCCUGUAGCUAGCUAAUUCGUUCAAAAAUAUCUAAAGAUAUUUAGGAAAUGUGUAACAUGUGUGAUAAAUAAGGAGGAAGAGUUCUCCAUCUCCUUCACCUCUCUCCCCAUUUUUUUUCUUCUUCUUUUCUGUAGUUUCACUCCCACCACUAAGUUCUUGAGAGAGGUCAAAAAUCUGAAUUUUUGUGGUGUAUUUGCUGAGAUUUGUGAGAUGGGAAAAGAGGCCUGAAUCAUCCUCUUGCCCUCUGGAA